AAUGGAUUCUAGGCAUGGAAAUAGUAUCAUGAGUGUUGUUAUGCUUCCUUGGUUAGCUCACGGCCACAUCUCUCCCUUCUUCGAGCUAGCCAAGAAGCUCAGCGAGAGAAAUUUUCAUAUCUUUUUUUGUUCGACGCCUGUAAUUCUCAACUCCGUCAAGCCAAAACUUCCUGAAAGAUACAAUCAUUGCAUUGAAUUUGUUGAACUACAUCUUCCACACGAUGUAUUUCCAGAACUGGCACCUCACUACCACACCACCAAUGGCCUCCCACCCCACCUCAUGCCCACCCUAAAAAAGGCUUUGCAAAUGGCAAGCCCUUACUUUUCCAACAUCCUCAAAACCCUAAACCCUGAUUUUCUCAUAUAUGAUUUUGUUGUCCCAUGGGCACUGUCUCUAGGUUUGGAUCAAAAUAUUCCCACCAUCCAAUUUUUCAUCUUCAGCGCUGUUUCGGUAUCAUUUCUUUUCCAUCGUCUCUUCAAGGGCCCUAGUGUCCGGUUUCCGUUUCCCGCAAUCUAUCUUCGCGAUUACGAGAUUAGUAAGUUCAAUAGUAUGAUGCCGCCAGCUUCAUCAAAUGACAAUAGAAAGGAUGACAGAGUCCCUCCACUGCAAUCCCCUAUUACCACUGGUCGCUCUUGUGACCUCAUUUUGUUAAAGACAUUCAGGGAGAUUGAAGGAAAAUAUGUUGAUUACCUCUAUGAGUUAAUGGACAGCAAGAUUCUGCUUCUUGGUCCACUGCUCCACGACCCUACUAAGGAUCAAGAAGACAAAGAUGAAGAAACAGAUCACAUCAUCAAAUGGCUGAACAAACGGGAAACAUCUUCGGUUGUGUAUAUUUCCUUCGGGAGUGAGUACUUUUUAUCCAAGGAGGAAAUAGAAGAGAUAGCUCAUGGGUUAGAGCUUAGCAAAGUGAGUUUCAUUUGGGUUGUUCGGUUUCCUAUGGAAGAGAAAAUAACUAGGGCUGAAGAGGUAUUGCUAAAAGGGUUUGUAGAGAGGGUGGGAGAGAGGGGAAUGAUAGUGGAGGGUUGGGCAUCACAAACAAAGAUAUUGCAGAAUUCUAGCGUCGGUGGAUUUCUGAGCCACUGUGGAUGGAGCUCUGUACUGGAGAGCAUGAAGUUCGGUGUUCCAAUUAUAGCCAUGCCUAUGCAUCUUGACCAGCCAUAUAACGCCAGACUAGUAGAGGAGCUGGGUGUUGGUGUGGAGGUCAAGAAAACUGGAAGAGGAGGAGGUUUGCAACGAGAAGAGGUAGCAAAGGUGAUCAAAGAUGUGAUGGAAAACAAUAUUGGGGAGGUUGUGAGAAGAAAGGCAAUGGAACUGAGAGACAACAUCGGAAAAAGAGAGGAUCGAGAGAUAGAGGGGCUGGUUGAUGAGUUGGUGCAACUUCGAAUUCGUACAGGGAAAGAAUCAAUAAAUUAAGCGUGCAAAUUAGCUUGCAGUAAUAUCAGGAUGGUGUAUCUGAUACACUCAAUAAUAAUAAAUCCUUGUAUUGUAAUUACUAAUAACAUUGCUGCUAAAUGCAAUUCUUUUAAGUCCCGACAUCGAAAAAGAGCCAAGAGCUGGAUUCGAUUGAAGAGUUGGUUCGACUUUGUACGAGAAGGAAUUAAUGAUGAAGUAGGUAUAUCAGUUGUAAUUUAUAGUUGCGAGCUUCAUUUUUCUUUU